GCUAAUAGGGAUGACUGCAUAAUGUACAUUAACAAACAUAUACAUCACCUUCCAUACUUCCAACCUACUUUCAGGAAUUCAUUUUACAUGCCCAAACUUCUCAGUUGAGCACUCCACCACAAUGAGUCAUUUACCUAAUCACUUCAAUCAAAACCAUCCCUAUAAAGAGCAAACGUUAUCACACAACAACAACAAUCGGAGAUUGAACAAGGCAUUCCUUAAUCCAAUGGCUAGAUCUAUACAGUUCAUUUUGUCUUUCUGCUCAUACACGAUCAUUAGAACCAUAAUCCUGACUUCGAUACCGAGGUGUGUACAAUCAAAAACUCUAGAGUCGGACAUUCAAGUUCUUCGUUUCCUCAAGCAGUCAAUCGAUCCCAUCACAAUCUCUUCAUCUUCCUUCCUUAAUACAUGGACUUUCGAGAAUGAUCCAUGUGAGAGCAGUGGGGCACAUUUUCUAGGAAUUUUAUGCACAAUUCCUCAUGAAAAUUCUAGUAGCAGAAUAUCAGCUAUUGAUCUCGAAGGAGAAGGGUUGGAGGGGUUUCUAACAUCAACAAUCGGAAACCUAACAGAGCUCACCACAAUCAAUCUGAGCAGAAACAAGUUCAGAGGGCCAAUACCAAACACUCUCUCCAACUUGGAAAACCUCAACAGACUUGUUCUAGCAGAUAAUUUCUUCAGUGGCAGUAUCCCUAACAGAAUCAACAGACUCUGGAAGCUCGGGAGUAUAGAUUUGUCACGAAACAGGCUUUCCGGUUCAAUCCCUGCCGUGAUUUCUGCAUUUCGGAGCUUGACCCUCUUACGUUUGUCAAACAAUGAGUUGUCAGGUAGAAUCCCAGAGCUCACCGGGCUAUGGCAACUCAGCACAUUGGAUCUUAGUGGUAAUCAGCUCUAUGGAAAUUUACCACAGCUUCCUAUAAGCUUAAGAUCAUUGUUGCUGGGGCACAAUUUGCUUUCGGGGGAAAUUUCAUCUAUAAUGAGGCUACAACAUCUCAAAACAUUAGAUCUGAGCGAUAAUAGGUUUUCUGGUUUGAUAAACCAGGAAAUCAUCACAUUACCUGAGGUUAGUCGCCUUAAUGUUUCCGAAAAUCAGUUCACAACAAUGGCGGUGAUGAGAUCCACCGACAGGAGUACACAGCUUCAAGUGCUUGACAUGCAUGGCAACCGUGUGCAUGGUCACUUGCCUGCAAACUUGAUCACUUAUGGGAACUUAACAUCAAUCAAUCUUGGGAAUAAUUUAUUUUCUGGUCGAAUUCCACUGCAAUAUGGAGAAAAGGUGGGAGGCUCAUGGAGAAGCUUGUACCUGGAUCACAAUUUUCUGGAGGGAGGACUGCCACCAGAGUUCGGCAGUAGAGCACUGAGGAUCAGGGGAAGUCUUGCACAAAACUGCCUAAGAUGUCCACUGAACAAUUCCUUGUGUCAUGGAGGGCAAAGGGCAGCUUCAGAAUGUGUCGGCCAUAGUGGUGGUGAUAGUGCGUGA